CAAAAAAGGAAGCCAGAACCCUCUUCUUCUCCUUCUAUCUGUCCUUGCCAAUUCUGGAACUCCAUUUUUGAAAAUCCCACUUUUCUCCCUCAAAUCCCCAAAACCCCCAAAUUACUCGAAACCCUAGGCAUUUCUCUUCUCCCCAUCGCACAUUACACAACACAAUCAUCACCUACACAAACCUCUAUGUAUAUACACAUUUGAGGAUUUGAUCCAACCAGAACAAAUUUACGAUUUUGCCCCGCCGGAAAAUGGCGUCAACGAAACUGAUGGCUUCAUCGGCCUCGCGGAAUUCCGAUCGAAGGAAAUCGUCGGCUGCCUCGUCGUCUUCAUCCUCUACGAUGCCGAAUGAUUUGCACAAUCAGCAGUAUUCGAACAACGGGAGUAAUAAUAGUAGUAAUUUGGAGGCGACUUCCAUGACGGUUGAUGGAAUUUUCCGUAAUGUGUAUGGGGAAGGUCAGGGGACGGAGACUAAUACUUUGUUGAAUGCGAAUAUUACGUUACUUGAUGCUGUUGGAGCGAUAACGCCGAUCAGUGAUUCCGAGACAGCGACGGUGAGUGGGGUACCUUUGGUUAGGAGGACGGUGGAUGAUGUGUGGAGGGAAAUUGUGGAGGGGAAGAGGGAGCAGAGAAGAGCGGAAGUUGCCGGCUGUAAGGAGGAGGCAGUGGAUGAAAUCAUGACGCUGGAGGAUUUUCUGGUGAAAGCUGGAGCAGUUGAGGAGGAGGCACUGGCUGGGCAGGGGACAGUGCAAGGUGAGGUGAAGGUUGAACUAGGAACUGAGAGGUUGAGUGGUGGAAUUUUUGCAUUUGAUUCCCCAUACAUGGCCACGCCGCAGCAGAGCGUGCAAGGAUAUGGAAAUGGAAUGGAUGUGAUUGGAGGUGGGAGAGGGAAGAGGAAAACCAUUUUGGAACCUUUAGAUAAGGCGGCUCUGCAGAGGCAGCGGAGGAUGAUUAAGAACAGAGAGUCAGCUGCCCGGUCUAGAGAGCGGAAACAGGCCUAUCAAGUGGAACUUGAGUCAAUAGCAGUUAGAUUAGAGGAGGAGAAUGAACAGCUGUUGAAAGAGAAGGUGAACAAGGAGAAUGGUUGAGGAGGGGAAAGUCUUCCUUAUGUGAACUUGAUGAAAAUCAAUCUUCGUGACUUUUGGUAAAAAAAAGAUGAGCACUUUAUUAUAAACACAUUCCCAAGUAAAAAGAAAAAUUGAAAGUGGGAUUCUCCAGU